AUGUUCUCCGACAGUGUGGGCUGCGAUCUGCAGUUAGGGUCUUUGGCGAAAAUUGAUGACUGCGGCAUCUGCGGAGGAGACGGUAGCUCCUGUCUGAAGUACCGGUACGCCUGGGCGCACCACUACGAAGGCAAUUGUUCGCAUGCCUGCGGAGGAGGCGUGCAACUGUCGAGCGUCUCCUGUCGCAACGAGGAUACGGGCAGCACAGUGGAUGACAUCUUCUGCCAUGCAAAAAUGAAACCUCGAUCAAUGCAGCGAAGCUGCAACGACUUUGAGUGCCCGCCGACUGACGAAUGUGAACCAGAGUUGAAGCCAGCUAGUCAACGAAACUGCUCUGACAUUUCCAAGUGUUUGUACGGGAAAACGGCGGUCAACUCUCAGGAGGAUUCGCCUUCCUUUCCCAAGGCCAUUAGCACUCAUCCAAGCUUCAUCGUCGGUCCUUGGUCCUCCUGUAACGCCUCCUGUGGCAUUGGUCAUCGAAGUCGCACUGUGGAGUGCAAGAUUUACCUAGAGUACUCAAAGACUGAGCUGACAAUUCCGGAAAGUGAGUGUCUCGGAGAGGAAGAAAACGGCGGCGAAAAGCCAGCAGAAGUGGAGGAGUGCUCUGCUGAGGAACGCUGUCAGGGAGAAGAGGGCGUUGUCGCCGCUUCUGCGCCCUCAGCUGUGGCCAGUGAACCUCAGCAGCUCAAUCAACUCGAGUUCAUGAUCACCAGUGACCGGCCUCAAAGACCCAAAGUGGAGCUGUCGUAUCAGGUGCUCAAUGAGACGAUUUCAACUUCACCGACCACUGCCAUGGCGGCAGCAACUGUUCAGCACCACCCAAAAGUACAUUUGUACUCUUGGAAAGUGUCCGGCUACACCACCUGUUCACACCGGUGUCUUGGAGGAACGCAAGAUUCCAUAUAUUCCUGCUUCCGUCUGGCAGACAAUGUCACCGUUGACUCUGGCUACUGCAGUGGGCAGAAUGAACCAGAGUUGUUUACGAGAACGUGCAACGACCAGCCGUGUCCACCGAGAUGGAACGCCACUGAAUUCGGCGAGUGCUCACGACCCUGUGGUGUAGGCGGCACGCAGGCGAGAAUCAUUCGGUGUGUGCACGAGGUGAGCAGAGGCUCGACCAAUGUGGUCGUCCUGCCGGAGACGCUCUGCAAUCAAGCCACUAUGCCACCGACUGAGCAGCCAUGCAAUCAGGUGGACUGCCCGCCCGUAUGGCGACAUGGUCACUGGUCACGGUGCUCGACGGACUGCGGAAAGGGCGUUAAGAGGAGGUCGGUUCGCUGCGUGAAAGAGCUGGCUUUCGGCGGAGAGGGCGAGGUUUCAGAGACGGAGUGCCUGGCCAGGAAGAAGCCAAGAGGAAUCAAGGUCUGCAAGGCGAGUCACUGUCGAUAUGAGGUGUCUGCGUCCUCAUCUUCCUCCGUGAGAGAUCUCAAGGGAGGCAACAGCACUAGCGAGUUGUCGAGAAAGUCCAAACGCAAUCACAGCUCUCUGCCGACUGGAAGUCCUGUUGCUGCGGACGCUGGUGGCUCAACUCAUGAUCACAAUCACAAUCACAAUCACCCCCACCAUCAACAGCAAGUGACGACGGUGAAGGUGGCCGGAAAGGCGACCGUCAUCGAAGGCAGCACUGUCAAACUGCGCUGUCCUGAGUGGCGCAAGCGGACAGGUGGAAAAACCGCUGAUCUACCCGAAGAGGACUACUUGGCAUUCCAAGGACCUCGCGUCCACUGGAGCAAAGGCAACGAACGGCUGGUGAAUGGUGGAAAGAGACAUCACAUGGUGCGCAACUUUCUCAAGAUAAAGAACAUCAAAGUGAGCGACAGUGCUGUUUACAAGUGCUGGACGGAAGACCGAGAGACGGAUGAGCACUCGAUGUUUCUCUAUGUUAAGCGUAAGACCGAUGCCAUUGAAAGUCGUCCUAAUGAACAGUUUGGAAAUGGUGAGAUGAGUGAUAGAGAAUCAUCUGGUUUUAAGAAGCCAAACAACAGCAACAACAAGGUCGCCUACUACAAGAGUGAGCUUGAUCUUUCCGAAGAGGCACACUCUCGCUAUCGAAACGGUGAUUACGUGCUGCCUUCUCAGAAAAACGCUGACCCGCUAUUAUCAUCCUUAUCAACCCGCAAAGAAUCGCCACCUACUACACUUCUUCAAUCGAAUAUAAUUGCCGAUUCGGAGGAUUCUUGGGAGCUCACGGCUCAAAGGCGACUACCACAAUCACCACCACUACAUAGUCAUCAGUCUCCUCACCAUCAAAAUCAUCGCCCGAAAGCAGCACUACCACCAACGCCAAAUACUAGUUUGAAUGAAGUUGAUGUAGACAGUGGCAGUAAUCUUCUUUUACCUGAAGAUGAAAACGCUGAGGAAUCCAAGGCGCAGAAAACUGGCAUUCCACUGAGUCAGAUGCUUCGAGAGGGCACCUUUGCCUGGAUCACCUCUGAGUGGUCCAAGUGCACUAUUCCCUGUGGUGGAAUCGGCUUUCGAAUGCGACUAAGUGUGUGUUAUGUGAAGCUGGACAAUGUCACCCAGGCGGUGGAUAGCUCUCACUGCACCGGUGGUCGUGCCAAACUGCCACGACCCAAAUCAAUGGAACGUUGCGGCUUUGCAGAGUGCUCAUUCUGGAAGGCGGGCAAGUGGUCGGAGUGCGACGACUGCCUGGACCACCACCUAGGCCAGCGAACCCGAGCGGUGAACUGCAUGCUACCCAAUGGAACGGUCCUCGAGGAGCGACACUGCCUGGCGGCGGUGGCCGGCGAGAAGCCGGCAGAGACGCAGCAGUGCGCCAAUGCCAACUGUAUCGCACAGUGGGUGGCCAAAGGCUGGAGUCCGUGCAAUCGAAAUGGCUACCGCUCUCGGGCCAUAGUCUGCCUGUGGAAAGCCACGGAGAAGCCGACCAAGAGUGGCAGUCAAUGCACCUUCGGUCGGCUGCGGAAACCAGUUACCGUUGAGCAGUGCACCGAGUUGAUGAUGACGACGACGACGAGUGGUACUCCGGUACUGGGCAAUGAUAUACUUGAUUGA